AAGAAGACUAAGCCCAACAUGGCGGCCCUCGGUAGCAGUCGUGGGGAUCGCGUCGGCAACUCGACUCAAAACAAAUCUUCCAUCACGUCCCCGGAGAAAAUCCGCGAAAUUCUCAACGAGGGGGUCUCGCCAGCCGGCACCGGUACCCACAGUGGGCAAGGAGAUACAAAAGAUCCAGAAGUCAGUAGCAACACUCCAUCACCUUGUGAGGCAACCAACAAAGAGGCCUUUUUCAGUAGAGUGCAGUCAUACUCCUGUUUGAAAUGGCCCGCGAAGCCCCGUGCGCUGUCGCCUCUCAUGUGCGCCCGCUACGGCUGGAUCAACGUUGCCCACGACAUGCUCAAGUGCUCCAGCUGCCAGGCAUUCCUCAGCGCAUCACUUCAACUCACGUUAUAUGACAAAUAUGAAUCACGCAUUGCAGAGCUGUCGAGGCAGCUUCAGACGAAACACGAGAAGUUUUGUCCCUGGCCUGACUUUCCUUGUCCAGAGAGGUUGUGGAUUGUGACAGCCGGGGAGCCCUCAGCACUUCUGGCCUCUUUAAUUGAGCGUUUUCAGAGCGCGUGUAUGCUUGGACAGCAGCUUCCAUCUAUGAAGCCUGAGCUACUGAAAUCAAUGUCCUUAACCGAGGAUGUUGUAAGUGUUAUCCUGCAGUUGAUAGAGGAGGAACAAAAAAGAAAGGGAACCACAUGCUCGGAACCUUUUGCAGUCCAAGUGGCUGCGUGCAUCGUUUCUCUCUGUGGCUGGGCUGCAAACCUGGGCGUGCAUAUCGCUGCACUGCCCAUCCUCAACUGUUCCUACUGUAUGCGUAAAGUCGGCCUGUGGAAUUUCCACCAAAUGGAGUGCGUGGGCGGUGAUGCAGAUGCCGGGACAGACGCUACAAGCACUCCUGCCGCCUCGACUCCCACACAGGAGGGCUUGGGGGAACAGUCAACCCCUCCCUCGCCUCCUUCCACUCCAAGUCGCAUGAAGCUGAGGAGCCAGGACUCUUGCCGCUCUGACCAGGGUGAGGGCACUCCUGUAGCUUUGCGAGCCCGAAGCCGAGACUCGCCUAGUCCCGUUGAGGAGCCACCAAGUCCCUUGAUGAGGGGCAAGAGGACUGUGACUCGUAGCCGGGGGCAAGGUGACUGUCUGUCCCUUCCUUCCAAACGUCUGUGCCUCUCAUUAGCUGACGAGGUUGUGCACAAGAGUGCGUUCGACCCGCUGGCUCAGCACAGAGACUGGUGUCCCUGGGUGGCAGUUGGAAAGGAGAAUGUGGAUCCACAGGCCGUGCCUCUUUCAGACACUGUGCCAGCGCCUCAUCAGCAAGGCUGGAAGGCCGCCCUUGACCUACUGAUGCCUGCAAAGAACACAAACGCAGUGGAUGGCAGUCCAGCACAGGGCCCACCUGAUCGAUCCAAAAGGGUGUUUGCUAUAUUCCGUCAGUGGCAGAUAUCCGCUCCAUCUCAGUAAAAGGCAUUGAUCAAAACAUUGCACCACUGGACAGAAAAGAUGAGCAAUAGUAUCAUGUCAUAACAUCAUAUCCCAUCACUCUGUUUGGAUACGAGCGCAACAUACUUGUUAGUAAUGUGAUGUAUGUGAAAAUCUGUGGAAGACAGGAAAUCCCUGGCGAUGAGAAAGAGCCACAGCGGCUCGACACUGGAUAGACAAUGUUUACUUUCAACGUGUGUUGAGACAGUGUUCGAAUAUCACCUCAAAUUCGCAAAUAGCAAGACUGUGUGUGUGUGUGUGUGUGUGUGAGAGUGUGAGUGAGAGUGAGAGACUGUACUUGACUCCUAAUGAUUGCAGGUAGGUAUGAACUCUGUGCCAUGAACAUUGAACAUAGUGUAUUUGGACUUAGCUGCCUUGACUUUAUAUUUGCCUUAUUGUGACAUCUCAUUGCUUAUCUAGUUUUCACUAUCCUGCAUGAGUUGGUUAAUAAAAUGCUUCUCUGAAA